AUGCUUGGGAUGCUUGAAGCGACAGAUGGCACCUUUUAUCUUGGUUUGCCUAAUAUUAUUGGCCGAAACAAAACCUCUAUUCUUGGCUUCUUAAAGAAUAAGGUAAUGGCUCGGAUCAACAGUUGGGAUGGCAAAUUUUUAUCUCGAGCUGGCAAGGAAAUCCUUCUUAAAACUGUGAUUCAAUCCUUGCCCACUUACGCUAUGAGUGUCUUCUUAAUUCCUCUAGGCAUUUGUGAGGAUAUUGAGAAGCUUAUGGCCAGCUUUUGGUGGAAAACAACUUCAAGCAAGGAUCGUGGCAUUACAUGGAUGUCUUGGGAAAGAAUGGCAAAGCCCAAGCUGGAAGGUGGUAUGGGUUUCCAACAUCUUCAUUACUUUAAUAUCGCAAUGCUUGCUAAACAAGAUUGGAGACUUUUGUGUAAACCGGACUCUCUGGUGGGUCAAAUUUUCAAAGCUAAAUACUUUCCUACCAGUGAUUAUCUCUCUGUUGAUUUGGGAAAUAAUCCCAGCUUUGUCUGGCGUAGUGUUUGGGCUGCUCAAAGUGUGGUUCGUCUUGGGGUCGUGCGUAUUAUUGGAAAUGGUGAAACUACCAGAAUUCUCUCUACCCCAUGGAUGUCUGACACUGAAAACAGACUUGUAACCUCAACUCAUCCAGCUCUUUUGCAUAAUACUAAGAAUAAACCCCAGCACUCUAGUGCUGAUAAUUCUGGUUUUUGGCGUAAAAUGUGGCAUUUGAAGAUCCCACCCAAGGUUAAGAACUUGCUAUGGCGUGCAAUUACUGAUUGUCUUCCCACCUGCCUUCAACUAGUAACUAAACAUGUGAGUAUUUCUGCGCUCUGCCCUGUGUGCACAAACCAAGCCGAGUAA